AUGAAAAAGAAAUUUAGAACUAAACUUAAAAAAUUACAAUAUUUUAAACUUACAUUUUUACCUGGAUUUUGUACUAAAUUAUUAAAAAAAGAAUUAGUACCUAUUAAAAAAGGAAAAACAUCUUCUUUUCGAAUUCAAUUAUUAGAGAAACAAAAAUUAAAAUAUAAUUAUAGACUUAAAGAAAAUCAAAUUAAAAAAUAUUUUAAAUAUAUUAAAUUAUUAAAAAUAUUUAAUUUAAUUCAAAUUAUUGAAUUACGUUUAGAUGCUACUAUAUUUAGAUUAGGUUUUGCUAAAUCUAUAAACCAAGCUAGACAAUUAAUUACUCAUGGUUUUAUUUUUAUUAAUUCUAUAUUAGUAAAAAAACCUAGUUUUAUUUUAACAGAAAAAGAUUUAAUUUAUAUAAAUCCUAAAAAAUUUACAAUUAUUUUAAUUUGUAGAAUUAAUUUAUUUUUUAGAUAUUAUAAUAAAUAUAAUUUAUAUAUAUAUACUCUAUGUGUAGAAUAUUUAAAAUUUAAAUUACAAAAAGAAUUUUAUUUUAAAUUAUAUUUAUUUAUACCUUUUGAUGAAAAUUUAAUUAAAUAUUAUUAUAAGUUUUAA